GUGUGUGUGUGUGUGUGUGUGUGUGUGUGCGUGUGUGUGUGUGUCAGGGGGCGGGGUCUGUGUGUGGUGGGCUGGGCCUCAGAUGGGAUGAAAGACAGUGAACUUUGUCAGUUGGAAUUCAGGCUGUUUGUGCUGCUGCCGCAGGAAAAGGAAAGAGACUCUCAGCGGCUGAUCGUCAGGAUGUUCUAACACCGAGCUCCGUUCAUCAUCUUCCUCCAUCAGAGCCACCAUUUCCCGCUAAUCUUACAGCUCCACCUCUAGCUCCACCUGCAGCCAUGGACAGUACCCCAAGGAGGUGGGUGCUGAAACCCUUGUCUCCCCUGCUGCAACCGUCAGACCUGCGGACCAUUGCUGGCCCCACCCGAAGUGACAACUCUGACAGGGAUGAUUCACUCUUCAGCUCAGACAGCAUCUCCGUCACACGCAGCCAUUCGUCAGUGGUCAUCUCCUCACAGCAGGGCGAAGGGGCCCCGGAUGUAGUGGUUCAGGUCCGGCAGGUUGCUGUGUCACAGGACAGAGGAAGCGUCUGCGACGAGUGGCAUUUCAGUAGCAACAGUGACCCCAGCAGUCCCAGCAGCAGCUCUGGCUCUCACUGUGGCUUCUAUUCCUUUGUGGAGGAUCCAACGAGUCCUGAAGCCGAACUGAACGAAGCCUGGAUGGUCUCACCACAGCGGCAGGCUCAGCUGGCCACCCUGAAGGAGGAGAAAGGAUUCAAACUACAGACCUACAGCAGCAGCAGGAAGCCAGAGACCCUGUUCUCAGAGGGAGAGUCGCAGUAUGAAGUGGAAACAAAGAAUGGCAUCAAAGUGGUCGGGGAGGAAGAGGAGAAGCAGCUCCGCAAAGAGAUCAUUCGCAGCCAAGCACCAAAGAAGAACCCAGUGUUCAAAGAUCAGCUGUGUGUUCUGGAGAAUUUAGAUCUGAGCAGGUCUACAAACAAACUGAUAGAAGGUUUCAGUGUGAGCUACAGUCCUGUCAGCUCCAGACCAGAACCUCCUCACCCUGAUGAACCUGGGACCAUCGACAACGAGCAGAUCAACUUCAGCACUGCCCGACAACAGUUCCUGAAGAUGGAGCAGGACCGGUUGACUGCAAUCCUCAACCCUCUGGGGUCCUCAAAAACACCCCUGAACACAUCUCUUGAGCAAAAUCCUGAAGUGUCCUCAUCAAGGUUGGUGGAGACGUUCAAAGAUACGACUGCGUUUAAACCAUCAGAAGAGGGUGAGACAGACCUCGAGGGGAAAGUGAUGGUGUGCCGGACUGAGGAGUGUCUGAGUAGACAGAGUAGUGUGUUUGAUGACCUGGACUCCGGCUUGGAGGAGCUGAUGGUGGAAGUGAGUGGUGGCUACACCAGUGACGAAGGCCUGAACAAUGACAACACACAGCGAGACAACAGGAGUGAGUACGAGACCCCGAUUGAACGGGAGAUCCGGCUAGUUCAGGAACGCGAGGAGAACCUGCGGCGCUCUCGAGGACUGAGACAUGACGACAGCAGGCUGGAGAUGGUCGAGAUCAAAACAAAACGUUUACAGUCACCGCUAACACCCAUUAAAAUAAAAGAAAAGACCCGGGUGAGCUUCAUCCUCCAGCGACAGAUCCAGAGGGAGAACCAGAGCAGAGAGGAACCUCAGCAGCAGGGUGGAAACCUUGGAACAUACAACCAAGAUCCUUCACAGCAGCUGGAGGACAUAAAGUCUGACGAACAAGACAAAGACAGGAAGGCAGAGGAAAGACCUCCGUCUGAGUCCGGAGACACAGACCUCUCCCCCUCUCCCUGCUGUCCUCAUCGACACCCUGAAGAAACCCAGUUGUCCAUCAGUCAAAUGAGUUCAGCUCCCUUCUCCAGUGCAAGGGAGUCAGGGGUGCAGGACUCAAGAGGUUUCCUCCAGGAUCGGAUUACUUCUUUAUCCUCUCGCUCCUCCUCUCCCUCCUUCCCAACACUAACACUUGAGCGUGAAGCAACCUCAACCACACCUCGGUCCUGGAGGGAAAACCUGGAGUCUACCGGCCUGCAGUCCAGAGGACAAGGUGCCCCGGAUUUCAUUGAGAAGGAAAUUGAGGAGGUCUUGAGACGGGAGCAGGAGCUGAGGGAGUCCAGGGAGAAAACCAGCCGGCAGCUUUUCUCACCAGCACCUCUGGUGGAACAGGCGACCAAGAUGGCCAUCAGUCAGUUCUACCCACCUGCAAAUACAGAUAAAACGGUCAGUCUGUCCUCCUCCUCCCCUCGACCCUUUGUCCGUCUGCCCUCUAUCUCCUUCAUCACCGCUCAGCCCUGGACCACCUCACCUCCUCCCCCCCCCUCCUCCUCCUCCUCCCAUGGAGUGGGAAGGUCAGCCCCGCCUCCUCUCAGAGGUCUCACAGAGACCCUGCUUCAGGACUUUGAGGACAGACGAGUCAAGCUGAAGCUGGACGAGAGUUCGUACGCAGGAAUCCAGCCAACUGACGACGUUAACAAUGAGGUGGUUGAGUCAACUCGAGUCAUUCGACAUAAAAACCAACGAGCUCUGCGAUGGGAGGCUGGAGUGUUUGCCAACCAGGAGAACCAGCGAGACCAGCAGGACUAGAUCCGGGUCCAGGUCCAGGACCCACAGGAGGACUUUAAAUGGUUCUAAACUGGAACACUCCAACAGAAUAGGUUGCUCUUGAUUGGUCUUUGAAGACGACAUCUCUUCUCCUCAUCCAAUCAGCUGCUGAGCACCAUAGAGACAAACGAUGAGAUUAAUGUAGACAAGAUGAAAUAAAGUUAAACUGUGUGAAGCAGAA